GUGGCGCGCAACUGUUGAAAAACUGUCACACAACAAACUGAAGAGGAGAUGUUGAUGCUUUUCAGCUUCGUCAAAGCGGCGGUGGCAAAGUUAUAGACGACCUGAAACACUUUUCUGAUAUAACUAACCGUGCCUUCGGAAUUUAAAACAUGUCGUUUGUGAGAGUUGGGCGUCCACAACAACACACCAAAGGAAAAAGGCCUGUUCGCACCAAGAAGGCUGCAGCUCCCAAAAAAGACUGGGUGAGCACUGUCAAUGACCUGUCUGUGCACAAGCUGUCACCUGCGGAGCUGAGCCAUCGUCAUGAGAUCCACAAGUCCCACAACAAGGCAGCGGCUCAGUGGGAGUUGAGAGAGAAAGCCCUGCAACGCCGUUUCAGACACGCUGGAAGCCCUGCACCUCUAGACAAGGCCAGCCUUAGCAUCAUCAGGGAGGUGUUCUCUGACCAGCUGCUGCUGCAGGAUGUGCUGGCUCGGUCUGACAGAGCCAUGGCUGUUGUCAAAGACUUGUUUGGAGACGCCCCACGCAGGCAGACUGGGCACCCCAGUGUGACGAUGGCACCAAACUGUGACUCUGACUCAGAGCUACCUGUUCUCCAAAGACCAGAUCCUCCAACUCAGCUCUCACUGCUCAGCCAGUCUAUGAUGGAUCCACAGGCUCUUAAUGAACUUGAAGCUUCAGAGGAAGACCACAGUGAUGAAGAUACCCAUCCUACUGGCAUUUCAGGCCAUCAUGUGAUCCAAAGGGCCAAUUUACGAAAAAUGAAGGCACAGUCUCGGGGUAGAGGGAUACGGCGACAGAAAGCCCAUCAUCCCAACUCUGACCAGGCUGAUCGGGAUAAUGUUCCUGUAACCCCCUGCACAUCAGGCAGAGCACCAGACCAAACAGCUCUCAACGCCACAGUGGCUGUUGAGCGUGUUCGGUCCAGACAAAGCCAGUCAGAGGAAGGCAAGGAGGAACCGUCAGUCCUGGUUUCUCAGGUCCUGAAUCCUGAGCUGCCUCUCAACCAGUCAGGCAGGAUCAGUAGUCGUACCAGCAGGAACAGGAAGUGUGUUUCUCAGAGCUCAGAGCUGGAUGGCUCCUCCGUUACCUCUCUCAGUGGGGACCAGUCCAGUCUGGGCCUCCUGCAGGCCAUGUUGGGUCAGGUGGAGGCAGACUUGGAUACUCUGAGUCCUGACAGUGAACCAGCUUCAGCACAGAGUCAGAAACCACACAGAACACAAGGCCUCACUGGAUUCUCUGUCGCCUUGGUGUCCACUCUGGGACGUUUGGUGCACCUUCUCAAACAGAGGGAAGAGGAAGCUCAGGAGGAGGCUCAAGAAAGGAGGAGACUGGAGGAGGAGUUGAAAGAGCAGCGUGGGCUGGUUGAUGCUCUCACUGCUGAGACGAUGACUCUGAGAGAAGAGGCCGCUGCCCUGCAGGCGGGGUUGCAGCAGCGGACAGCAGAGCUGGAGCAGAAGUUGGACACAGUGGUGUUGGUGAUGGGGGGACUUGGACUACUGGAGGCACACGCUGACCCACCUCAAGGCCCUGAUAUCAAAGCUCCAGGUUCAGUUCAAUUUGGUUCAGUUUGUCAGUCUGCACCUGAGCGAGAUCCUGAACGACCACAAGCCCCUGUGUCCCCCGCUGUCUUGCUCUCCCCGCCUCGACAGAGAGACAACUGGCAACAAAGUCCUGUGACCCAUCCUGCCCUGCUGCACCAGGAGCUUCCUCCUGCAGAUAUUCUGCAUUCCUGUGAGGACGUCCGCUUCCACAGCUCAGCCUCUAGCCUCACCAGCCUGCCUCUCACCAGCCUGCCCUCUACAUCCUCAGUAUCACUGACCUCUGACCCUCUCGGCUCACACCUCUCGCCAGAGGCCAUGCUGGCUGAGAUCGCUCAGCUGAGCAGACAGAACGACAUGAUCAAGGCCCAGCUCAGUCAAGCUAGGGGCCUUGGGUCAGGGGUCACAGGAUCGCCUGACAGUAGCAGCGAGCAGAGGAGGUCAAGCUCCAGCAACACGGGAAGAGUCACACCACAAAGUGUCGUAGAGAGGAGGAAGUCAGCUUCCAGCGGCACAGGAAGAAGGAGUCGGCAUUUGCAGGCUGCUGAAAGGGAGCAACUGACGAAUCAGGCAACAUCACCCGACACCCUCCAUGUGGGCAGUGUGGAGCAGCGCCUCCUGGAGCUCAACAGACAAAGCGCAGCAGCGAGAGGUCGACUGCUGGAGCUUAUUGAGCAACAGAAGCAAAGUGUUUCAGCCAAAGUUUCUCCCUCUGGUUCCCCCAUCCCUCCCUCCGCCUUCAGCCCACAUACAGCAGCUGGAGGAGGAAGUCCAGAGCUGCUGUCUGCACAGGAGCUCCCGUCAGAGACUUUUGGUGCUGAGAGACGAUCUGCUGGUUCUGAAGCAUCUUCUCACAGUCUUGGAAGAGAAACAAGGGAUGGGAAAACACAGAUGGAGAAACGGAGAGAAAGAGACGGGUGGUUCGCCUUGUCCGCUCAUGUGAGAUGACAAGAAGAGAAGUAACGAUUCAGCCUGAGGACAUUUUCAGUAUUUUAUCUAUG